ACAGGGAGAGAGGAGAGACAGGGAGAGAGAGCAAUCAACAGAGCCAGACAGUAAAUCCACAGAGAUUUUUAAAAAGCAUGAAUAAAAAAGAGGUGAGAUAUGACAUCGGAGGAAAGAGAGAAAAGGGGAGAGAAAGGAAUAUGGUGAGAGAGAGACUACAGGAAUGGAAGCCAAACUCAGAGCGACGUGUUUUGGAGGAUAGCUAUGAGUCACUGACAUGGAGACAGAUAGACCCCAGGUAGUAGAGGCAGACAGACAGAUAGACCACAAGAAGUAGAGACAGUCCAAGUCUAGUAGGCUCAGAGGAAUUGCCGUUCGUGAACUAACACUUGGACUAACUUUGCUGAUAGCUACUUUAUUGAGGAAAAUGUACUUGCUAUGACUGAGAUGUGGUGGUGCCACCUAGCUAUCAUAAGAUUAUACUGUGUGUACUCCCCCUUACUCUUCUCCUGGAUGGAUGGCUAUGCCUGCCAUGCCAAGGCCACGCAUUAUGUUUAUUAUAGCAGAUACCUUUCUCCCUCUUUCUCUAUCUCUCACCAUUUGGAAAUGGCCCUGUUUUAUUUCUCUGGUGGGAGAGAGGGAGGGGAGCAAGAGGAGGAGGAAGGGCAUUCACGGUCCAUCCUCUGUGUUUAAGGUUUACUGUAGCAGCUGACUCUUUACCACAGUACAGGUGGUGUAAAACACUGAGGUAUAAGGCAGGAAGGAAGCUCUCAUCAGUGUAAUAGGCUCACCUUUUUCAACUCUCAGCCAAUGCAUACAGUCAGAACUACACGCUAAACACCUAAUUACUGGCCCUGCUGUACAUUUCUUUAUGUACAUUUCUUAAGGCUAGCUAGUUGUUGCAUAGACCUGGCCUACUGACGUUGUGUGUGUACUGUAGGAGGAUGCCUUAGGCUUGCAUGUGUGUUGCUUUGGUACCCUGUGUGUGUGUGUGUGUGUGUGUGUGUGUGUGUGUGUGUGUGUGUGUUCAUGCUCCAGGCUUGUACAUAACUCUGUGUGUUUGCGGGUGUGUGAGUUGGUGUUGAUGCGCUGGGCUUGUGUGGCUUGUGUGUUUCUUCAGUGUGUGGGCAGUCUGUUACAAAAGGCCCUUUGUAUGGGCGACUGAGGCAGAUCAGGGCAGUGAGCAGGCCUGUAAUUGGGCCGUGGGUCUACCCAGUGCGCAGGCGUGUGUGUUUGUCGGUGAGUGUGUGUGUACGGGGAGAGGGGGACCUGUUCAGUGAAUGGGUUCUAGUGUGUGUCUUCCCCUCUACCCAGUGAGCAGAUCUCAGAAUGCUCUCCUUCGCUCACACACACCUCCUCAUCUUCCUCUUCACUGUGCACCUAAUCCCCACUACGCCCAUGGGUGAGGAGCGGCCCCCCCAGGGUCAAGGCCAGGGCCAAGGCCAGGGGAAGAGCAGGAAGAGAGUGAUCCCUGUCCCCCACACAGAGGCUCCUGAACCAAACCCCAUCUCCGAGGCUUAUGGCUACUGCAACACCCCCAACCGCUCUGAACAGGCCUGGGAGGGACACAGCCCUGUGGACUACAAGCUGCUUUCUGUCCAGGUGAUGAUUCGCCAUGGCGACCGUUACCCCCUUUACGCCAUCCCCAAAACCAAGCGGCCUGCCAUCGACUGUACCCUGUCCCCAAAGAGGAAGCCCUCCCACCACCAGCUGAAUUCCUUCAUUGGUCACAUGGCGCAGGGGGGGCGUGGCCGCUGGGAGGGGACUCUCAGCUCGUUGCCCCGCCUCCCUAACCACAGCGCCUGUGAGAUGGGUGAGCUCACUCAGACAGGUGUGGUGCAGCACUUACGCAAUGGCCAGCUCCUUCGCCAAGCCUACAAGCGCCACAAACUACUCCCGCCCAAUUGGUCGACCAAGCAGGUGUGGGUCGAGACUACGGGCAGGAGCCGCACCCUCCAGAGCGGGAUGGCUCUUCUGUAUGGGUUCCUGCCAGACUUUGACUGGAGCCGUCUGACAGUCCACCACCAGUGGAGCACGUUGUUCUGUGGCUCAGCCUGUGACUGUCCUGCUAGGAACCGCUAUCUGGAGGAGGAGCAGCGGAGACAGUACCGCCUUAGAGUGGCAGACACUGAACUGGAGAGGACCUACGCAGACAUGGCCCGUACGCUAGGUCUGCCCCCGCGCCAGCUCAGAGCUGCCAACCCUAUAGACUCCCUACUGUGCCAACUGUGCCACGGCCUGUCCUUCCCCUGUGUGCCAGCAGGGAGUUCUAUCGGCAGUGGGGGCUGUCUGACUCUGACCCAGUUCGCUGUGAUCCGCAGGCAGCAGUUAGAGGAUGAGGUGGACAGGAGGAGGGUGGGGCUGUAUCGCCGCUACGCCCUGCUCGCCACGCACCCCUACCUCAACCGCACCGCCAACAGGAUGGAGCGCGUCGCCAAGGCCAACGCUCCAGGCCGAAAACCCCGCGCUGGAGGAGAGGAGGUGUUCACCCUGUCCUCGGCUCACGAUGUCACUGUGGCGCCAUUGCUAAGCGCCCUGGGCUUGGAGGAGGCACUGUUCCCGAGGUUUGCGGCGAGGGUUGUGUUUGAGUUGUGGAAGAGUCCGCCUGCAACGCAGGGACAACGCAAGGGGCAAGGCCAGGGCCAGGAUAAGGCUGCUAGGGUGAAAGGGGAGAGGUCAAAGGGCGGGGGAGACAUGUUUGUGAGGGUUCUGUACAACGGAGAGGAUGUGACCUUCCAUACCACCUUCUGUCGCUCACAUGACCGCCACGCCGCACAGCCGCUAUGCCCCCUGGGUAACUUCCUGUCGUUCGUCAAGAAAGACAUGUUCAGUGUCUUCAACGCCACAUCCUACCACAACGCCUGCUACCGACGGACAGGCUGACUGACAGAUGGAAGGAUGGAGAGAGAAAAGGAGGAGAAGAAGGGAAUGAAUCAGAGAAAGAGGGAGUUAUAAUUUAGCUGAUUUCGGAAUUUGUUAAUAGCGCUUUUCCCACUUUGAUGGUAGUGCCCUAUUGCACUAUUUUAGUGUCUUAACUUUGACAUUUUUGUAAAGUCACAAACAUUCCUAGAAAGCAUAAAUACUGAUCAUACAUAUCACAUGCACAAACACACUGCAAAAAUACAUAUUUUCACCAGCAAAUUCCUAUACACAAACACACACAUACUUUAUACACACUCUUCAUGCCUUCUUGAUCAGAUGUCUUUGUCGAUAAAGUUUGACCUCUAAACAAUCACACCCGGAUGCUUAACCUGCAAUUAUACACAUUUGAACAUUGACCUUUCUACCAUUUUUACGUUUUUGAAAUGUUUGUAAGGAAAAGACAUUCUGAGGUGAAAGUUAAGGACACUCAGCCACUUUAAUCACACAUUCCUAAAGUCCAACUUGGAAUGUUGAGAUUCCGGUUUUCCCAAAUUCAUGCAUUGAAGGGGGAACGUUGAAGCUGGAAACACUAAUGCUGGAUUAGUUCAUAUAAAAUGUAAACAUUUAUUUAUGUCUUGAUAUUGUUUGACAUUUUGAUUCAAAUGGUGCUGAGACCAAUAAAAUUAGGGUCAGUUUUGCUGUACAAUUAAUUCAUUUUAGUUUACUGCUAUAAAAAGAGCUCAACCACAUACUUCAAGCUGAAGUAGAUUUAAAUGUUAAGAAUUAAGUCAUUCCAACAAUUUACACUCAAUGUUUACUCAAUAAUGAAAAUAUUCUGCACCUUAUUAAAGGCUAGUUGUUAUGGUACUUAGAUUCCAUUGCUGCUAUAAGAUGGCAAUAACAGUUAAUAAAUAUGUAAUCAGUAAUUAUAAAUUUUUUCACUACGUGAAGGCAACCAUUUUUCAGUGGCCAUUUUCCAGUUGGGACAAUUUUUUUAAACGAUCAUCAGUUUGAAUAAUUAUAAAUUUUACCAUAAAGCACAUGCCACAGUGGGCCACGAAGUAAUAAAAUGUGUUUCCUCA